GGCGUCUUUCACGGGAUAACGCAUAUCCGCCGCACACUGGACAGUUUUAAUUAUCGUGAGUGUGACUAACAUCAGUGAAAAGGAUUACUAGUGAACAAUAAUAUAGUGCCAAACUAUUUAAGUGCCUGAAAUAUUCUGACUUAAGUUUCAUAUCGUCGGUAUACACGACUAUUUGCAAAGAGGAGCGCGCGCUUCUACACGAUGAGUACGGGCGGUUGAGGCGGCCGCGCUCGCCACUACAGACAUGUCGUUCUUUAAUAAUCUUAAGAAGGUGCUCCACCUCGGCGGCGGCAAUGACGCGAAAAAGAAAAAAGUGUUCAACAACAUUCGCGACAACAGCGACCCCACCGAGAUAUGGGACAUGGUGGGCGAACUCGGAGACGGCGCGUUCGGGAAGGUGUACAAAGCGCAACACAAGACCACCGGGCAGCUCGCCGCCGCCAAGAUGUGCGUUCUCGACAACGAGGACGAUCUAGCCGACUUCACGGUGGAAAUAGACAUCCUCAGCGAGUGCCGGCACCCUAACGUGGUGGAGCUGCACGAGGCCUACUUCAUAGACAACAAGCUGUGGAUGCUACUAGAAUACUGCGACGGUGGCGCCCUCGACUCAGUAAUGUCCGAGCUCGAGAAGGGUCUCAGCGAGAAGCAGAUCGCCUACGUGUGUCGUGAAAUGACGCGCGGCCUCGAGUUCCUGCACUCUCGACGGGUGAUCCAUCGCGACCUUAAGGCCGGGAAUGUGCUGGCUACUAUGCAGGGCGGCGUCAAACUAGCGGAUUUCGGCGUCUCUGCGAAGAACAAGUCCACACUACAGAAGCACGAUACUUUCAUCGGCACGCCCUACUGGAUGGCGCCCGAGGUGGUGCUGUGUGAGACUUUCAGAGACAACCCCUAUGAUUUCAAGGUGGACAUCUGGUCGCUAGGCAUCACACUAAUCGAGUUCGCACAGAUGGAGCCACCCAACCACGAGAUGACGCCAAUGCGCGUCCUGCUCAGAUGGAGCCACGCCUUCAACGAUUUCAUCGCUAAAGCACUAGUCAAGGACCCUGAAAAAAGGCCAACAUCCAGCGAGCUGCUCAAACAUGAGUUUGUCUCCGGCAACCUGGACUCCAAGCCUCUCCGGGACUUACUCCUCGAGUACCGGGCUGAGGUGGUCGAGGAAGAACUGCUGGACGAUGACUCUGAGGAACAUCGCAGCUCUCAGAUGCACAUGGAGAUGGAAGAUGACUCGACCUCGGUGCGGUCGGCGGAAACGCCGGACGUCAAGAUGUCCGAGCAAGAACCGGCCGCCGGCGUGACGCCCGCGCCCGCGCCGGCCGCCGCGCCCUCGCCGCCCUCGCCCCGCGCCGCCGCGCCCGCGCCGCCCGCGCCAGCACCCGCCCCCGCCGCCGCCGCCGCCGCCAAGCGGCCUCACACAGACGACCACGUGCCCGCUGACAGGAAACCUGCCCCAAAGAAAGAGAAAGGCCCCGCGCCUCUACCGCCGGGCGCGUCCCCGCCCGCCUCCCCCGCGCCCGCGCCCGCCCCCGCGCCCGCGCCCGCCGCAGUCCCCGCCCCCGCCGCGCCAAGAAAACCCCCCGCGCCGCCGCCGCCGCAGCACGCCGCCGGAGAACUGCUCGUGGACCAGGUGUGUCGAGAAGCGGAGAAAGUGGUCGAAGAAAAACAGAAAACACCAGAAAAGAAAGAAACAAAAGACAAACCGAAACCCGAGCCGAGCCCAGAAAAAGAACCUCCCAGAACAGAACAGAACGAAAAAGAAGUUAGAAAUAAGAGCAGACCCAGCUCCAUAGUCAGUGAUUCCAGCACAGAAGGAAAGAAGUACAUCAGGACAAACUCUAGUGAAGGGAAGAAGUAUUCUAGAACGAAUUCGGUUGAGAAGGCGGUUGUGGAGAUUGAGAGUAGAAGAGAAGAGAGGGAGAAGAGUAGAGAACGGCAGAGGGAGGAAAGUAAGAGUAUAGAGACGAAUGCUGUGGAAAUUAGGCCUGUUACGCCGCCACAACCCAAAGAGCCGCACAAGCCAUCAGCGCCGCCAGUCCCCGCCGUCGCCCAGCAAGUGGUGACCGUGGCCACGCCGGUGCUGGUCGCCGUGAGCGAGCGAGUCUCGCUCGUGGUGGAGCCCGUGGAGCCCAACUCGCUGGCGGCCACGCCCGCCGGCCUCGUCACCGUCACCACCACACACCCGCCGGUGCUCGCCGCUAACGCGCCCGUGAGUAUACUGCACCUGACCACACCAGUGCUAGUCGCCGUGAGCGAGCGAGUCUCGCUCGUGGUGGAGCCCGUGGAGCCCAACUCGCUGGCGGCCACGCCCGCCGGCCUCGUCACCGUCACCACCACACACCCGCCGGUGCUCGCCGCUAACGCGCCCGUGAGUAUACUGCACCUGACCACACCAGUGCUAGUCGCCGUGAGCGAGCGAGUCUCGCUCGUGGUGGAGCCCGUGGAGCCCAACUCGCUGGCGGCCACGCCCGCCGGCCUCGUCACCGUCACCACCACACACCCGCCGGUGCUCGCCGCUAACGCGCCCGUGAGUAUACUGCACCUGACCACACCAGUGCUAGUCGCCGUGAGCGAGCGAGUCUCGCUCGUGGUGGAGCCCGUGGAGCCCAACUCGCUGGCGGCCACGCCCGCCGGCCUCGUCACCGUCACCACCACAGACCCGCCGGUGCUCGCCGCUAACGCGCCCGUGAGUAUACUGCACCUGACCACACCAGUGCUAGUCGCCGUGAGCGAGCGAGUCUCGCUCGUGGUGGAGCCCGUGGAGCCCAACUCGCUGGCGGCCACGCCCGCCGGCCUCGUCACCGUCACCACCACACACCCGCCGGUGCUCGCCGCUAACGCGCCCGUGAGUAUACUGCACCUGACCACACCAGUGCUAGUCGCCGUGAGCGAGCGAGUCUCGCUCGUGGUGGAGCCCGUGGAGCCCAACUCGCUGGCGGCCACGCCCGCCGGCCUCGUCACCGUCACCACCACACACCCGCCGGUGCUCGCCGCUAACGCGCCCGUGAGUAUACUGCACCUGACCACACCAGUGCUAGUCGCCGUGAGCGAGCGAGUCUCGCUCGUGGUGGAGCCCGUGGAGCCCAACUCGCUGGCGGCCACGCCCGCCGGCCUCGUCACCGUCACCACCACACACCCGCCGGUGCUCGCCGCUAACGCGCCCGUGAGUAUACUGCACCUGACCACACCAGUGCUAGUCGCCGUGAGCGAGCGAGUCUCGCUCGUGGUGGAGCCCGUGGAGCCCAACUCGCUGGCGGCCACGCCCGCCGGCCUCGUCACCGUCACCACCACACACCCGCCGGUGCUCGUCGCUAACGCGCCCGUGAGUAUACUGCACCUGACCACACCAGUGCUAGUCGCCGUGAGCGAGCGAGUCUCGCUCGUGGUGGAGCCCGUGGAGCCCAACUCGCUGGCGGCCACGCCCGCCGGCCUCGUCACCGUCACCACCACACACCCGCCGGUGCUCGCCGCUAACGCGCCCGUGAGUAUACUGCACCUGACCACACCAGUGCUAGUCGCCGUGAGCGAGCGAGUCUCGCUCGUGGUGGAGCCCGUGGAGCCCAACUCGCUGGCGGCCACGCCCGCCGGCCUCGUCACCGUCACCACCACACACCCGCCGGUGCUCGCCGCUAACGCGCCCGUGAGUAUACUGCACCUGACCACACCAGUGCUAGUCGCCGUGAGCGAGCGAGUCUCGCUCGUGGUGGAGCCCGUGGAGCCCAACUCGCUGGCGGCCACGCCCGCCGGCCUCGUCACCGUCACCACCACACACCCGCCGGUGCUCGCCGCUAACGCGCCCGUGAGUAUACUGCACCUGACCACACCAGUGCUAGUCGCCGUGAGCGAGCGAGUCUCGCUCGUGGUGGAGCCCGUGGAGCCCAACUCGCUGGCGGCCACGCCCGCCGGCCUCGUCACCGUCACCACCACACACCCGCCGGUGCUCGCCGCUAACGCGCCCCUCCCGCCCAACGCCGUCACAAUUUCAACGACGCCGCCUAUCGCCGACGAAGUGGUCAUAGUUGGCGCUGGCUCUUCGUCCGAUGAUGACUGCUUCGCUCCGUCUUCACUAGACUCUUUAGAUUGCACCAACUCGUACACAGAAAAAACUCGAGGACGCCGAUUGGACAGCAGCGAAGUGUUGAUAUUGAGCCCCGGCGCUGCCGGCGACUCAGGCGUCUUCGACGACAGCGUCAACAAUGUAAACAUCAACGAUACAUCACAUGUGUCAGUGGUGACAGUGGGCAGUGAGGAACCUCGAGUGCGAGACUCGGCGGCGCCCGUGUCUCGCGUUGCGCGCCUCAGUCCAGACAGUUUCGAAAGCGCUGGUAGCCUAGCGGAAGGGCAAUCGGACAGCCGCGGGGCGGACGCGGAUUCUCUCGCCACCUCGCAUUCGCACGACUCUCGCCGCUACUCCAACCCCAACAACGGCAUCAUAGUGAACCAAGACAGUCAAGUGCUAGAAAACGGCAACCAAGAAGAACACGUGGUGCUCCGAAGAAAGAAUCAAGAUGGACAGCCAAACAACAGGAUACAAAGGUCGAAGGAAGACAUCCACAUGGCUAACCUCAAGAAGAAGACGAGGAAACGCACGAGAAAGUUCGAGAUCGAUGGCGUGAUGGUCACCACCACCACUUCCAAAGUAAUAUGGGGCGACGAGGAAAGCGGGCGCACGUGGGACGACCACGCGCUUCGCAAGCAGGAACUGCGCGAGAUCAAAAUGCUGCAGAAGCAGGAACAGAAGCAAUUCCAGGACCUCAGCGCGAAAGAGCAGCAACUGAGGGAACAGCAGGACAAGCGAUUCGAAGCGGAACUAGCAUCACUAGCGCGAGCGCACGAAACGGAUCUAGAAACGCUCGCGCGAGCGCAGCGCGCCGCCGCCGAGCGGGCUGAACAACAACUAGAAGCAGAACUGAGACAAGCGGCUAAACGACUAAGGGCCGAACACGAGAGAGACCUUAGGCAUUUCCGGGAUCAGCUUAAACAGGAGCUGAGGCUGCUUAAACAGGAAGUGGAGCUGGUAUCAAAAGACCGCCGCAAGGAGGCGUACAGACAGCGGCGAGCGCGGCUCGACGCCGAGCACGCGGAGCGCGAGCGCUCGUUCGUGGCGUCGCUCGCGGAGGCCGGCGACGCGCUCCUGCGCCGCAUGCACGAGCACCACCGCGAGCGGCAGGCGCUCACCGACACGCAGUACCUGCAGCAGAGGCAGCAGAUAAUGCGAACCCGCGAAGCCGCCCUCUGGGAGUUGGAAGAGAAGCAGAUCCACGAGCGACACCAGCUGGCCAAGCGACAGUUGAAGGAGGAGUUCCUGCUACGGAGGCACCAGAUGCUAGUCCGACAUGAUAAAGAAUUGGAGCAGAUUAAGAGGAAAAACACCCGUAAAGAGGAAGAACUCGCCAAAGGCCAAGCAGUUGAAAAACGCUCGCUGCCCAAACGCAUUCGCGGCGAGAUGCGAGCGCGCGAGAUGAUGUUCCGAGAGUCGCUACGCAUCGGCGCGCAUCACGAGGACGAACGAGAGCGGCUCAAGAAGUUCCAAGAGAACGAGAAGCGGCGGUAUCGCGCCGAGCAGCAGAGGUUGGCCACUAAACACGCUAAAGCGAGGGAAGAGCUCAAGGCUGCUGGAGAGGCGUUACUCCGCGAACUCGAACAGUAUCAGAACGAGAAGCGCAAGGCGCUCAUGAACCACGAGAGCAACAAGAUGAAGGCCGUCGAGGAGCGAUACUCGCACGAGCUGAAGGAGUGGCGCGCCACGCUCGGCGACCGCAAGAUGGCGCUCAUUCACACCUUCGCCAAGCAGCUUGACGACCACGAGGCCAAGUACGGCCGCCCCAUCCCCGACCGCGCGCUCUAUCUCGACGCGCCCUGGCCCAAGAACGUCCUACAACAUGUCCUAACCGCCUACCACCAGCGGAACACCUUCAUAGGCUCACUCAGCCGCUCGAGAACCAGCCUCAACCUCAUCGCCACCCCCAACUCAACUCGACGCAGAAGCAUCAGCCCCCUCAACCACAGAGCCACCAAAUCUGCCGCCACCAGCGCUAAUAACACCACCAAACGUGGCAAACUAUCCAAAGAACAACGGUACGGAUCAACAUCCAACUUGAAGCUAGUCUCAGAGAAAAUAUCAGGCUUCUCCGUAUUCUCUGGCCCUGACGAGAGGCGCGACCCAAUAAUGGCGUAUGGGAACGACUUCUUCGAACCAAAAAGCAGCGAUAAAAAGUUGGAACGGAAAGCGGCCGUCAAUAAACCUGUCAUAAGACAAAAAAGCCCCGUCAAUUUUAAUAAAAAACUAAACAGACAAAGCAUGUCUGAGCAACUCUUUAAAUUAACUGAAGAAACUGGUAUGAAACGCAGCAUUUCCCAACAGAGUUUAAAACAGGACAGAGCGCUAGAAGCUGUCAUGAUAGACCUCCCAUCUAUAGACAAUAAAUACGACACAGUGAAAAGCACAAGCACUGUAGCCACCUGUUCAUCGCAAGACAGCGAUGUGGAUUACGACGGGGUGUUGACUAAGCACUUUAGUAGAUGGGGACCAGUGCGGGGCUCGAAUACUUACAGCGAUUCGGCCAGUGUGCCAGUCAGUCAGUUGUCCACUGUCAAUCUGAAGACGUUGAAGAAUGAGGGACCGCCGGAUACUACGGCGUAAACUUUGAAAUAUCAGGUUGAAGUAAUGUCAAGUCUAGUUAGACUUGGUUUGUUGGCGUGGAAUCGAUGCAAUAAGGAUAAAUGGGAGACCAUAAAAGUUAAUAAAAAAAAAUCCGUAACUAUUGUCAUAUCCAUGUAACUAUAGUGGCAACUGGCGUCGCCUAGUAUAAUUUAUAUCAGGCGCCGUAGCCGAAUGGCAUCUCUACGAAGCGAAACGAAAACGCAACGCCGCGAAAGGUAGUCUGGCUCUGUUGCGCCAAUACGCAAGAGCGAUAGAGAUAGAUAUCUACGAGCGUUUCGUUCCGUGAGCGUUUGUGCCAUUCGGCAACGGGGCCAGACGUAACGUCUUAGACGGACUUCAUUAGAUUCUGUAAAAGUUUUAACAGUAAAUGCUACUUUUUACAACUAGGUCUUAACAUAUUCACUACCAGACAAAAAAAGGUCGCAAUACCUCAGAAACCGGUCGUAAUCUAUAACGGCCUGUUUGUAUAGCGAGAACCCGCCCAACGGGUUCUCCGGCAUCUGAGCAGUUCACGAGUACCCACCAGUCGGGUUCUUGGACGCGAAAGUGGAAGUAUUAAUAAGCCUAGCCUAGUUAUUAAAUCUUGCCAGGCAGCAUGCUUAUAGUGCCUUAUGUUCAAAUGUAUGAAUACAUUCCUAUUUUGAGUAGAAAAGAAUUCGUGUGGAGAAAAAUAAGAUUUGGGUGAUAAAUAGUGCUGUUUUUGCUACAUUAGUAUAUUAUUCGUAUCUAGAUUAGUAUCAUUGAUUUUAAAAUAAAAUCUAACGUUGCUCUAACAAAUUAAUUUAUAAUAUUUAGAGCGCAAUAUUUAGUGCAUCCCAACAAAUAUUACGAUGAAUUGGGGUUUAUAAUAUCUGCCCUGAUAAUAUGACUGUGUUCAAAUAUACUGAUGCCAUACAAUUUAUUGUAAACAAUAUUAAAUAUCUUGAACGAACUCUUCCAAUUUAAAAUAUCUAAUAAUGAUAUGAUGACCGUUUAAUGCAACGCUAGAUUUAUUCAUAUUAACCCUUUGAACGCCUAAAACACGGCGACAGUCCCAAUAUCUUCGUGUAUUCCGACAAAGUUCAAAAUGAUGCGCUGCGAACGAUAGCCAAGACGUUCAAAGGGUUAACUUAAAUUUAUAAUAAUAGUGCGUGGAGUACCUCCGUGCGAAAGAAGUGAAACUUCGUAAUGUGAAUAGGAAGGGGUAUUUCUAGUGAUGUGCAAGUUGCGGAAACUUCUCAAAAAAACUAAAUUUCUUGAAAAAUUCACGAAGCUUUCACGAAAAAUAAAGGGAAUUUAAAUUUAAGAAAUGGAAAGUUUCCAUCCACUAAUUGCCUCCCUGGCCUUCAAUAGUUUUCCUGUAUGUAAAUUUCAGAAUUUUGGAAAGUUUCGGUCGGCACAUCAGUAUUUCAAAACUCGAGUUGGCAACACUGAGCGUUACACGUUUAACGCUGUCCGUUGGAAGUCGAAUUAGAAUUAAAGUUUCACAUGAAAAAUUAUAGUCAGCUAAUGCCAUUUAGUAUUAACACGAUCUUCCUUCGCCUUGCCAAAUUAAAAUUGUAUAAAACGCUUCGCUUCCUGAACGUGUUCUUAAACAAAAUGCAAUUAAUCUAUUAAUUUAUACUUUAAAUUAAUUCUUAGGAAUAGAUUAAUUAUAAUUGAUAAUGUAACAUUCCUAGUGCAGUAUGUUUAGGCACAUAGAUUACUAGUGUAUGUUGCCUGCCAUUUAGAUGAAAAUUUCAACACUUCGCUAUAAUAGAAUAUUAUAUUGUAAUCAAAGACUCAUGUUUAAACUCAUGCUUCGAAUUUCAUCAUACAGGUACGGACUUGUCCAUCGGAUUUGCCUGACAGUGCCUGACGUAUACACAUCCUAUCCGUUGGUUUUAAAGAUACAUAUAUGUAACUCCGUAUAGACGGAUAAAGUCAAAGAAAAAAACGUACCUCAAAGCUAUAGAGAAAGGUACCGUGGCCUAGAUGGCGUUACACCUCGACUAGAUGGUGCUAAUAUUCAUAUUUGACAUUUUAACACAUAUCAAGCUAAGAAUAUGGGCCAAAUCGUCAAAUCUGACGUUUAAAAGCCUGUGUCUAGAGAUGGCAGCCUAUGCACUGUGAUUACACAUUUUACUUUGACAGUAACUCUCUAUAAUACGCGAUCCUCUUUGUUUGGUUUUUAGCACGGUCAGUGGACAAGCUACCCGGUGGACAAAUCUGUGUUUAUUUCUCGCCACUCAUGGGUUCGCCAGGCAGAUCCUCAGGACAAAUCCGUUCAUGUAUGGUUAGCUUUUAGAAGAUAUGGCCGUAGAGCUAUACAGUUUUGGGCCCGUUGCUGAGAGCAGGGAUGGAGCUGGGACCCAUCGAUCAACGAUUGCACUCUUUGACAUUACCACCACUACAAACACUAUUUCUCCGUGCAGCGUGGCACAGUCAAUCAAUUUGAACCCUAGGCUACUGUGGAACUAUGUCAUAGUGACGUUAUAAAUCAGAUUGUAAGAAAUCUCUUGUCAUUUUGACAUGGUUGUGUACUGGCCUAGGGUUCCAAUUGGUUGACUGUACAGCGUUGUUUACAUGACAAAUGAAUUUUUGACAAAUUUUACUUAUAAAGUAAACGAAUAUUUACUAAAAGUUGAUAUCUAAGCGGCUGGCAACAAUAUAAAAUAGAGCUGCGUUGGGGUACGGUAGAAAGAUUUGUGUGAGGGCUAAGUCAGAAAACAUGGCCUUAAACCACAAUAGGGUUCAUAUGCUUUAAGGAUCAUUUAAGACAAGUCAAAUGGUUUAUUGUUAAAACAAAACUUUAAACUUGCUAGUCUGUAGACUGUAAGUUUAAAGUUCAUUAGCUAGUGAAGCAAGGAUCCUUUUGUGAUUUAAACUUUUAAAGCCUGAAAUUGUUUUUUACGCAAUAGCUGGGUCCACACAAAGCGAGGCACGUCUCGAGGCAAUUGCCUCGGACGAGGCAAGUCUACAUUGGACUUUUGCCGGGCGAGCACAUUGCCUCGCGACGUGCCUUUGUGUAGACUCGGCUAUUCAUUACCAAGACUUUUCUUUGCCCUUCAAACCUUUCAUCUUGCCCCAAAGUAAUUUAGAAAUGUACAAGAUGGUAAUACUCUAGUGUUCUGCAAUCAAUAACUGCUUUUGUAUUAUCAAUAUCAGUCGAUAUUUUGAGGGCUUCAAUAUAAGAUUGUAUGUAGUUUUCUAGCUAUUUUAUUUAUGUCUGCGACCGAUCGUAAUAUCCGUCAAAUCGUAAAAUUUAGGCAUAUCGUGAAAUGUG